UGGUAGGUUGAGCGGUCACAGAGGGAGGAACGAAUUCAGAGCGGGGGCCAGUGUUUUAAAACAAUAUACUUUAUUUUAUGAAGUUCCGUAGAUAAGCUUUGGAGAUUUUUUUAGGAUAUUAAAAUCGACUGAAGGUAAACGAGGAUGCCGACUACAAGGUUUCAGAUUGGAGAUAGUGUAAUGGGCCGCUGGCCUGGCAGCAACCUGUACUAUGAGGUCAAGGUGCUGAGUUAUGACAACAAGGCUCGGAUGUACACCGUCAUCUACAAAGAUGGUACUGAACUGGAGCUGAGGGAAUCUGACAUCACGAGCCUGGUGAUAUUUAAGCAGGGAGUUGCACGCUCUCGGUCAAGAUCUCGCUCACCGGGACGUUCGCGUCGCAGUCGUUCCCGCUCUCCAGCUAGGACGUCCCGCCGAUCUUCCUCUCGCACCACAGAUGUGCGCAAGGAAAAACUGAAAGAAUCGCUGGAGGUCCGGCUCACCCCUCUGCCGAUGACACACGAGAACAAUAGCAACAGCAAACAUGAGAAGAAAGAGGAAAAUAAUACAGCCAAUACAGCUUCCACAAUCACCGAGGAGAAGACAGAGACUGAAUCAGAGAACCAGACAGGUGGGCGCUACAAUCUACGGCGCAGGAAGGACCAGGGCGAUGGCAAGACAGUAGCGUUGGAGCAAAAGACAGAGACGGAGACACUGCAAGCUAAACCCCCUGCUGUCGGUGCCGUCAAGACGACUGAACUGGAGUUCGGAGGAAGAGUUGGUGUGUUCUUCCUGAUGUUUCUGUUGCCUGUGGCUGUGUUGGCAUUGCUCAUUCUCUGCGGGCAGAAGGAUGCCAGCCUCCAGAGCUUCCCUCUUGAGCUCCCUGCCCUUCAGUCUCUCUGGGACUGUCAGGUCUUUGGCAUCGUCCUGCUCUGGCUUCUCUCCCAGGCCGCUCUCUCCCUGCUCCCUGUCGGAAAGCUCGUUGAAGGAAUGCCUCUCAACAAUGGGAAAACUUUAAAAUACAGGAUCAAUGGUUUCUAUGCACUUGUCCUCACGUCCGUGGCAGUAGCUGUUGCCUUGUAUCAGGAGGUGGAUUUUGGCUACAUCCAUGCUAACUUUCUGCAGUUCUACACCUCGGCCCUGCUCAUCGUCACUCUUCUCAGCAUCUACCUUUUCAUCCGCUCCCGCUGGGCGUCUGAAGAUGAACUUGCUCCUGGAGGCAACUCUGGCUACAUUAUCUAUGACUUCUUCAUGGGCAGGGAGUUGAAUCCCCGCAUCAAGAGCUUCGAUAUCAAGUUCUUCUGUGAGAUGCGCCCAGGCCUGAUGGGUUGGGUAUUGAUUAACUUUGCCAUGUUGCAAGCUGAAAUGAAGCAGCAGAAUCUAGAGAAUCCCUCUCCAGCGAUGCUCCUGGUCAACAUCUUCCAACUCCUGUGGGUUGUUGACGGCAUUUGGCAUGAGGAGAAACUUCUGACCAUGAUGGAUAUAGUAUACGACGGCUUUGGAUUUAUGCUGACAUUUGGAGAUCUGGCUUUUGUUCCCUUCACAUUCACCUGUCAAGCUUACUAUCUAGUCAGCCAUCCCAAUGAACUCUCUGUAUUCUGGAUCAUUACUCUCAUCACUAUGAAUGGAGUUGGAUACUAUAUUUUCCGGAAAGCCAAUUCUCAGAAGUUUGCGUUCAGGAAAAACCCUUCUGACCCAGCAUUGUCUCACCUGAAAACCAUUCCUACUGCAACUGGAAAGAGUCUUAUCGUGUCUGGUCUUUGGGGGUGGGUCCGGCAUCCUAAUUACCUGGGUGACAUCAUCAUGGGGUUGGCUUGGUCUUUGCCAUGUGGAUUCAACCAUUUGAUCCCGUACUUUUACCUCAUCUACUUGAUCACUCUGUUGGUGCAAGACCCCACUCAAGAGCACUUACGGCACUACUGCCUUUUGCUGAUAUGCUUCUAUAUGGCUCCUCAUUGUAAUGUCGCUUUGGAUAAAGCGUCUGCUACUGCAAAGCUGUAA